GGGUGGCAGAGGAUAACUGUGCAGGUGUGAGGACAUGUGGGCAGAAACCUUGCUGGGAGAUGGGCAUUUGCCCUCACUCCCUCCCUUCCUUGGGGACACAAUUUGUGGUUGACAGAGAUGCCUGGGAUGAAGAAAACCGUGAGCAGUGAAUGUUUGUUACCUUAUUACACUGCCCACAGUUACCGAUCCAUGGGCGUGUUCAACACCUCCAUGGGAAACCUACAACGACAGCUGUACAAGGGAGGAGAGUAUGAUAUUUUCAAGUAUGCACCGAUGUUUGAGAGCGACUUUAUCCAGAUUAGCAAAAAAGGAGAGGUGAUUGAUGUUCACAACCGCGUCCGAAUGGUGACUGUGUGCAUUGCAUCUACCAGCCCAGUCCUUCCACUACCUGAUGUCAUGUUGCUGGCCCGACCAGCUAAAGUCUGUGAAGACCAUGGCAGACGAGCCCGGUUCAUCAAGGGGAGAGGUUGCAAGCCUUCAAAGGCUUUAGAGCUCACUAGGCUGCUUCCUUUGAAGUUUGUUAAGAUCUCCAUUCAUGAUCACGAGAAACAGCAGCUGCGCCUGAAGCUUGCCACAGGCCGAACUUUUUAUCUGCAGCUGUGUCCCUCUUCUGACGCACGAGAAGACCUCUUUUGUUACUGGGAAAAGCUUGUCUAUCUCCUGAGGCCACCAAUGAACACUUGCAUCAGUAACCCAAUGCUUCCCUCUGUCGACACAAGCAUGGACACCAAAGGCGCACCCGUCUCAGAGAUCCGCAGAGAAGGGGAUCGAGAGUCUAGGUUUCAAACAUCCCAAGACGUGUCAGAAGCCGCUUCUGCUGCAUUUGCAGGAGGAGAGAGAACACAACCAGUUGCUGCAGUUGCUGCUAUUCCAGGACCUGCCAAAGCAAGGGCGGCAGGGGUGGCAGGGGCGGCAGGAGCGGCAGGGGCAGCAGGAGCAGCAGGGGCAGCAGGAACAGCAGGGGAAGCAGGAGCAGCAGGGGAAGCAGGAGCAGCAGGGGAAGCAGGAGCAGCAGGGGCAGCAGGGAUGGCAGGGGCAGCAGGGGCGGCAGGGGCGGCAGGGGUAGCAGGUGGCACCAUGGCUGCAGCAGUAACAGCCCCCUCAGCGGGUAUGGCAAAGACGGGCUCAGCUACAAGCCCGAUUUCAGGUGUCCUAAGCAUGGCGGCAACAACAACCAAGUCUCCAAGUCAAUCAGAGUCAGGCCCGGCAGCCAUGGCAGGAACAGCUGCCAAAGAUCAAGUAGGAAGUGAGUCCAGCAAGGCCAUGGCAGUUGCUGCAAACAUCAUCUCAGGAGGUGUGGACGUGGCCUUGGCAGGAGCCAUUAAAUCUACUUCGGAGGCCCUUUUUACAGAGGGUGAUGCUGGUGGCUCCCCAGACACCAGUCUGAAUGUGGCAUUUGCAGGCAGCAUGAAGACCAAGGGGCCUGCUGAAGAUAAACCUGAAGCUCCCCUCCUGUCAACCUUUCAGAGUGAAGGCUACAUGUGUGAAAGGGAUGGGAGCCAGAAGGUUUCCCACACGAGCUCUGAAACACAGAAGGAAAAGAGAGAGAGACGAAUGGACAGAAAGACUAACAGGAAAAGUUCCCAUCACCGAAGGUCAGGAACGAGUCGUCACAGUUCCAAGGACAAGAACCGGAAGCCGUCUUCCUACCGGUCUGCAUCUAGCCACGGGAAAAUAAGAGAGGAGAAGAAGGGGAAAGGGCAAGGCAACUUAAGGGGCAAGAGACACAACUCCCCUUACAAAAGUGAAUCCAGGACUGGUCACAAACCCAGGAAGAACCGAUCACCAGCUGGCAUGGGGUCUGUGAGUAAGAGAGCUACUAAGAUUAGAUCUUUUUUCAGGAGUUUCCUAGUAAGGCCUAGUUCAAAAACAGUGGACACCUCGUGUGAUAGAGGAGGGGUAGACAUUGUAACGAAGUUGGUGGAGAAGAAGCAAGACAUAGAGACAACGGUGGAGAAAAGCAACGAUUUAGAAUUCAACGAUACCAUAAUCUCUGAGACAAUGGAGAAGAUCAUCCUUGAAACCAAAUCCAUUUAAAUAAGAUCCAGAGUAGGAAGCAGCAACAGAGACCAGGGCUCAGAGGAGCAACAGUGAGCCAAUUCCAGCUUCUGUAAUGGCAGUUUCGAUAAUAAAGGCUAUAUAACUCUAAAAGAA